GCCUGGCUCUGUCCAAAGGUUAAAGAAAAUCCACAUACCAGCAUCUCUUAAGCUAAUUAACAUAUGUCAUUUAUAAAUUUUGUACAAAAACCACGUUGACAAGUUGUUGUUUUAUGUGUACUGCUCCUGACACAACUUACAUACUUACUUACAACGUGUUAGGGAGCCUCAGAGGUGCUUGUAGGUGGAUCGUGUUAUCACCGUUGGACAGAGGCAACGGUGCCACCCCCCCUAAUUUGUGCUCAAAACAAAUUUUUUCCUUUCCCUCCCCUCUAUAAUCUACUAAUUCUGCAACAUCACCUGCAAACCCAAAUUAGUAUCCUCUCCAUGUAAUUUAAUUACAUGCUACUUAAUUCAGUUCCCCUUCCUAAACAUUGUUAUUUCCUAUUGCAAUGAUCCAUAGACAUCCAGAUUUUACCCUCCUGUGCGUCCUCACUUUGUCACUCAGAGGGGACAGACAGUGAGGCAGGGAGAGAAAGCAGGAGCAGCCCGUAAAAUGCUUUGCAAAAGGAGAGGGGAGAGAAAGCGCUGGAGACAGAGCAGAUGCAUUGGCAGGAGAAGAGCGGAGGCUUUUUCUUUCUCCCUCCUGUCUCUUUUGUUGUGUCGGUACAGAUAAAAAUCUGAUGAGCGUGGGCAAGGACCGCCACCAUUACCUCCAUCACCUCACUGCAAGCGUGUCAUCCCAAACCCUGGAGCUGGAUCCAGUUUGGAGCAGGUUGUGUGGCAGGCUAACGGAGGGCUAGCGGGGGGCUGUAAAGCUCUGGCAGCGAGAAGAGGAGGGGGGGAAAGGAGGAGGGGCUGUGGUGAGCUGGUGGGCUUCCUCUGCCUCACAGACACAUUUUAUUGACUUGCUAAUUGGAUGAGGCACUCGGAGGAGAGGAUGCGGUGAAUGAGAGGAGCUCUCUCCAGAGGAGGGAUACAGGCACAAGGAAGCACUGCUUGGAUUGCGUAAAUCCGGCUACUUCAUUUUUUUUUUUCAAUUUUCUGGAGACAUAACAACAGAUGUUUUUCAGCAUCUCCCAGUGACCCUCACACCGUGCAUACAUAAUUUUAUGCAUGACAUUGUCGAAUGGAGGCUCCUAUUGCCAGACGCUUCGUGACAAGUGAAUGAUUUCCAUUUUUAUGUUUUUGCACCCUGUUCCCUGUCACCUAUUUUUUCUCUUGGACUCAUCAGCUGAAUCUCUUUUCUUAGCCUUGUUUGAUGUGCCAUUUGAUAUGAAUGGCAGUCUGAUGGCAAGAUAAAUUCUUCAUCAUAUCAAAUCUACAAGGAACUGUGCAAUGGAUAUUCUUCUGGGAAAAUGAAGUCUUGUCCUGGUUGCCAUGACUGAGGUGUCCAGGUCUGGCUAGGUCAGAGAGCAGGUAGCACUGUGCUGAGGUCUGCUGUCCCAAUGAGCAAGGCGAGCAACCCACAGAGACGUACCACCUACCUCAUUUCCCUCACUCUGGUGAAGGUUGAGGCAGUGCCAGAGGAUGUAGCAGGGAACCAGAAGGAGGCUCUUCCAGAGGGGGAAGGGAGCCCUAGGAAAGAGGAGGAGAAGGAGGAGGAAGAGGAGGAGGAGAGAGAGGCGAGCAAUGCCCCUGGAAAGGAGGAAAGGCCUGUAUGUACACCAGUGGUGGGAAAAGAAAACACACAGGUGGAAGAAGAAGUGGAACAGGUGCAGAUCAAGUAUGGCAGCCCCAAUGAGAACUGGGGGAAGCUUGAGAGGAGGGAAACUCAUGGACACCAAAAAGACAUUGUAUCAGUUGGUAAAAGCAAAGACACUUCUUUUGUACACCCACCUGUCAGGCAAAUGGUCAGAGUGUAUGGAGGAACUACCUCUGAGGGAACUGUGCGCAGGGAGGGGCCUCGCUCAGAAGCCUUGCGCCCUAAGACGGAGCUCUACCGAGAGCCCCCCAUGCUGUUCCUGAAGGGGGAAAACGGAGCAGACCUGAACAGCCGUUCACGCUGCAGCCUCCCUUUUUCCGUCCCGCCGCCGGCCAGCCAGCGUCCUGAAGUCCUGAUGAGGUCACAUGCAGGAGGCAACUCUGCAUGCUGGAGAGAACUCAGAGAGACCAAUACAAGUCUGUAUCACUCUGCUAAGACUUUGGAUCGAAGGGAUAAUCGCAUUGGGGACCAGUCCCCCUUAAUGGCAGCUACAACUCUGGGGCCUUACAGGGCGUCCUGGGCCGACAGCGACGGCAGGGGCGCACUCAUUCGCCCCGGCGCUCCCAUAAGCGGAGGAUUUUCAGGCGUAAUGACCAGGGACAGUCCUCAGGGAGAGAGGUUUAAGACAGUUUCUAUUUCCUUCCCUGCACCUCCUGCCACCGAUGUGUCCAGGCCUCAAAGAAAAGGCACGAGUCGUACCCUGGAUAACAGCGACCUACAUUCCCUCUCUGAGGACCUGAAGAAAGGGAAGGAGGGCCAGGGAGGAACAAUCCAGCGAGCUCCUCCCCGUGACCGAAAGAUGCUCAAGUUCAUUAGCGGCAUUUUCACCAAAAGUGCAGCUACGCCUCCCAGCGUCAACACCGCACCUCCCCUCUACCCAGCUGUGGAAAGGGGCUCGAGUGAGGAGGAAGCUGUAUGCACCAGUAGUCAAGAAUGGACCAUGAGCCAAACUAUACAAGAACUUCACUUGGGUGUUUUGGGAGGUUUGUGCAGCGGGAAGUCUGCUCUGGUCCAUAGACACUUGACAGGAAGUUACCUGCAGCUGGAGAACUCUGAGGGGCGCCAGUACAUUAAGGAUGUCCUGGUUGAUGGACAGAGCCACCUGUUGAUAAUCAGAGAGGAGACAGAACUCCCAGGUGCUCAGUUUGCAAGUUGGGUGGAUGCAGUUAUCUUGGUCUUCAGUUUGGAAAAUGAGGCCAGCUUCCAGGAAGUUUACAAAAUCUACCACCAGCUCGCUGUCCACCGGCCUAUUUCUGAGAUACCUUUCAUAGUAGUCGGCACUCAAGACAAGAUCAGCAGCACCAACCCCAGAGUAAUCGACGACGCCAGAGCCAGACAGCUCUGCUCAGACGUGCGGCGCUGCACUUAUUAUGAAACCUGUGCGACGUACGGCCUCAAUGUGAACAGAGUCUUCACUGAUGCUGCUCAGAAGAUCAUGGCAGCCAAGAAGCAAGCUGCUCUACUGGCGUCCUGCAAAUCUCUCCCUAACUCUCCCAGUCACUCUGGAGGCUCCACCCCAGUGUCGGGCAUCUUUCCAGGACAGGCUAGUAACGGUGGUCAAAGCAGUGAUUACUCCUCAUCCCUUCCCUCCACGCCUGUGAUCAGCCACAAAGAGAUCGGCAAGACAGCGAGAGGGGAAAAACAGGAUAGUGCCACGCCUGGGUCAGUCCGCAGUGCCACCCGGAGACGCACCUCCCGAUUUGCGGGCCGGCGAGGCAGUGACUCAAACAGAAGGAGUGCAGACUCUAAGGGCGAUCUGGGCAGUGGGCGCUCCAUUCCCAUCAAACAGGGCAUCUUGCUGAAGCGCAGCGGGAACUCGCUCAACAAAGAGUGGAAGAAGAAGUAUGUCACGCUGUCCAAUGACGGCAUACUGUCCUAUCACUCCAGUGUCAAUGAGUACAUGCUGAAUGCCCCCGGGAAAGAGAUGGACCUGCUGCGAGUGACAGUGAAGGUGCCAGGAAAGCGGCCACCUCGUGCUGUACCCACCUGCGGCCUUCCAGUCGGGCUCAACGGACGGGUUAAAGAUGUGCCAGGACCUGAGGGUGUCAGCCCAGUCCCUGUAAGCGCCAGCAGCUUCCUGCAAGUGGAGGAAAUGGAAGGGCUGGGUGGUGCACUGUUCCUGAGGGGUAACAGAGGCAUGCAGCGAUGUCCCUCUACACUAUCUAACCACGCACAAAGUGUUGACUCUGCAGUUGAGGGGGUGUCCAGCUCCUCCUCCACCAAAGACGUGGGCUCCUCCUCCCCAGUUACAGACAGGAAGAAGCAUCGCAGAAAGAAGAGCGUAAACCAGAAAGGAGAGGCAACCAUUGGCCACGCUGAUGCCAAGCGCAAAAUGUGGAAACUUAAAAGCUUUGGUAGCUUAAGAAACGUAAGCAAGACAGAUGAGGAUAACUUUGACUUCCUCAUUGUGUCGAGCACUGGCCAGACAUGGCACUUUGAAGCGCAGAGUGUGGAGGAGAGAGACUCCUGGGUCCAAGCCAUUGAGAGCCAGAUCCUGGCCAGCUUGCAGCUGUGUGAGAGCAGCAAAAACAAGGCUCGCAGGAACAGCCAGAGUGAAGCAGUGGCUCUGCAGGCGAUCCGCAACGCAAAGGGCAACAACUUUUGUGUAGACUGUGAUGCUCCAAAUCCAACCUGGGCCAGUCUGAACCUGGGCGCUCUCAUAUGCAUUGAGUGUUCAGGGAUCCACAGAAACCUGGGGACCCACCUGUCCCGUGUUCGCUCGCUGGACCUUGAUGAUCUGCCGCGAGAGCUCACACUGGUUCUCAGCGCAAUCGGCAACCACAUGGUCAACAGUAUAUGGGAGGCGCGCACUCUGGGCCGCCGUAAACCAGCGCCUGAUGCUACACGUGAGGAACGGGAGUCAUGGAUCAGGGCCAAAUAUGAGCAAAAACUGUUUGUGGCGCCGUUGCCUCCUCCCACACCUGGCGAGGGCCCAGACAUCACGCUAUCUGGGCGUCUUCUCUUGGCAGUGAUGGAGCACAACCUCCCCAAGCUGCUGCUCCUUUUGGCCCACUGCACUAAGGAGGACAUUAAUGCCCCUCUCAGCCUGUCGCUCUCCUCCAGGUCGCUCUUGGCGCUGCGGCUGCCGGGCUCUGCCCUGCACGCCGCCUGCCAGCAAGCCGAUGUGGUGAUGACGCAGCUCCUUGUUUGGUAUGGCUGUGAUGUUCGAUCCCGGGACACUCAGGGGCAGACAGCGCUGGUUCUGGCUCGCAGCGCCGGCAGCCAGGAGUGCGUCGACAUCUUGCUCCAGUACGGAUGCCCAAAUGAACCAGUCACGACAGCCGGCUUCGCAGCAGCCGUGACAUCCAGCUUUUCUGUUGCCAUGACGCCCAGCCUGACAGUUGCCACGACACUCAAGAUCUCGCACAAGAGCGGCGGCACCAGCUUGAGUUACAGCACCUCUAGAAGAGCAGUGUCAUAAUCGAAAUGUGGUGUGGUGAAGUGUGUGUGUGUGUGUGUGUGUGUGUGUGUGUGUGUGUGUGUGUGUGUGUGUGUGUGUGUGUGUGUGUGUGUGUGUGUGUGUGUGUGUGUGUGUGUGUGUGUGUGAUUGUCGCUUUGCCAUCAUGGUGUCACUCACACUGGCCAGCAGGACUGAUGAAAAUGUUGCCAGAUGUUGCACUCGCUGAGGUUUUAAGGGGUGUGUGUGUUUGUCAGGGAGGAAAACACAUGCUUGUAAUCACACAGGCACAUUCAGUCUGCUAGAAUGAUUUAACCAAAACAAAAAAAAAGAAAUUUUCCUGACUACACUUUCUACGUAGAGGGUAGGAUAAAAGAUAACAGAUUCAAUAGGAAUGUAUUGCACUGUAUACCAGCUGGUAUGAUUCAUAUUUCAUCGCGCAGUCAGUAUUUAUUCUCCACUCAAUUCAGAAUGGAAAUUCACCUUUGGCAGCAACUGCUUAUCUGAGCAUCUAGUUCCCAGGAGUAAAACAAAACGCAAUACGUUUAUGACUUCAUAGAUGGACAUCUCUGUUUUUCAAGCCUGUCUCUAUCUGCUUGAAAUUUCAACACUAAACACAUCCACCCUUCUUAUCUUUAUUGACAGCGAAUGUCAGUUUUAAAUUCACAGUGCAUAUCCUGAGUUACAUUCAACACAGCCGGUCAUUCAGUGCAUAAAUAGUAAUUUUGUGUAAGUUUAAAAACAAAAACAAAAAACUUUACAGUGGCUGAAAAAGGAGGGGCUGUUUUACAGAUAAUCAAAAUAACUGUAUAGAAAUUGAUAAAAUAUUGUAAUUCUAAAAAUUUAAAAGUGCUUCAUUUUCGAGAUUGUUAUUGUAUGAUUUGUACAGUUAUGGUUGUGUGUAUAAAACUCAAAGGGUUACUCAUGGCUGUUCAGAGAUUUCCUGUACAGCGUCUUGGUUUGUUGUUUCCUUUAAUAACCACCUGAUUAACUCUUUGACAUCCUAGACUGAGAUUUCUAUGUUAAAUUUGUAUCACUGUGUGUGACAUAUACAUGAUGUGCACAUUAUGACUCCAGCAGCAGCUCAUUAUCAAAGCGAGUGUAAUACUAGACGUGUAAAGGAACAAGUGAAAUGCCUUCAUUUUGAUUGAAUGUAUACAAAAACCAAUGGUUUGAGUUAAUUGUUUCAAGCACUAAUAUGUGUUUUCCAGAUUAUACCGUUUCGGCGGCCUGUCGGGGUGUUUUAUCUUUAAUUAACUGUUAUUAUUCCUGCUGUGACUAAUAGAACUUUAAAGUAUGGUUUAAUAGAUUCAAACAUGGCAAAGGUUAUGACCUAUAAAACUGGGCCUUCAAAUGACUAUGAUAAUAUUUGUAAGUGUAUGAAAAUCCACAUAAAAUAGAAGAAUGUUGCUCAGUUUAAAAUUUAAAAAAAAAGAGGCAUAAAAACAGUACUGUAUGUAUUUUUGUGUUAAUCUGAAGACUCCGCUGAGUGUACAUGUCUGUGAUGUAAGCAUCUCUCUCCAUUUGUAUUUUUUUACUCAUGCAAUGAUUCAUAGAGCAUUCAUUAUCAAUACACUAAGGCUACUGCCCAAGCUGUGUUUGUUUUGUUCAGACUAGUGUGUGUUUUUCUUCUGUGUCUGGGCUCAUCACAGACCUUAUUUCUAAAUGCAAGCUGAGUUAAUUUUUUUAAUUUCCAGCUGUGUCAAAAUGAACAACAACUGUUAAAGAGGGUGAGGGAGACGUCAGCACACAGGA